AUGAGCGGCGAGCUAGCUAUAGUCGUUAUACAUGGAAUAUGGGAUUUACUUGGCAUGUUGUUUAACGCAACGCUCUUCUAUCUAGUAGUCUAUCAUACGCCACCUCAAAUUAAGUUGUAUUCUAUGUUGAUUGGCAACGCAGCUAUCACAGAUUUUUGUGCGUGUUUGACAUCAUUUAUAAUUCAGCAAAGGUUUUGCGCGAUGAUAGCGUGCUAUACGCAUACGUUGUACUCUUUGCUGUUUUCGUUUUACUUCAGAUAUCAUGUGUUGAGAAGGCACCACCCUUCAGCUCAUUCUCUGAAGCUUGCUAUGUUCAUCAUUUUGUUACCAUCAAUACUCAUAUUUGUGAGCAUUUCGAGUAUUGCUGGGAGCUCCAAAAACACUUUUUUUAUUGUCUAUCAUGAAUUCUGA